AUGGCACCAAUAGAGGGUGAUCAACAUCCGAUCAGCGAGAAGGGCAAAGCACUUCGAACUUUAGUCGAAGCCGACCUGCUCGAUGAUCGUUAUGUAACUACAACCAAACGUGGGUUGAAGAAUCGCCAUGUUCAGUUAAUGGCCCUCGGAGGCACGAUCGGAACAGGGCUUUUCGUGGGUUCCGGCCAAGCCCUGGCCAUUGGAGGCCCCGCAUCGCUUCUGUUGGGUUAUCUCUUCAUCUCAGCCAUGGUUUAUGGCUUGGUCACGGCUAUUGCUGAGGUAGGUGCCUAUCUUCCGGUACAUGGUGGAACAAUGAGUUAUCAUGGAUUCCGCUAUGUGUCGCGGAGUAUGGGUUUCGCUAUGGGAUAUCUAUACUGGUACUCUCUCGGAAUCUUGGUGCCGUACGAGAUCACAGCUGCCGGACUGGUUAUUGGAUACUGGGACCAGAAUGGAUCGAUCAAUAUCGCGGUGUGGAUCACAGUCAUGAUGGUCGUUAUUGUCGCGCUCAACUUUAUGCCUGUGCGAGUAUACGGCGAGUCGGAGUUCUGGUUCGCCGGGGUGAAAAUCAUCACUCUGAUCGGUUUGUUGAUGGUAUCUUUCAUCCUCUUCUGGGGUGGUGGACCCAGUCGUCAGCGACUAGGCUUUCAUUAUUGGAAUAAUCCGCGUCCAUUCAACGCCUAUCUCGCAACGGGAGAUUCGGGCCGGUUCGUGGCCUUGUUGAAAUGCACAGUAUCCAGCGCCAUUGCGUUCAUUUUCGCCCCAGAGCUGAUUGUGAUCAGUGGGGGUGAGAUGGAGUCCCCUCGACGCAAUAUACCCCGGGCAGCCAGGAGAUACAUUUACCGAUUGAUCUUCUUUUACAUCUUUGGUGUACUAGCCAUUGGUGUUAUAUGCCCAUCCGAUGCUAGUCGUUUGACCAAGAGCGACGGCACGGUAAGCUCAUCACCAUUCGUGAUCGGCAUCCAGAACGCCGGCAUCCCCGUUUUAGACCACAUCGUGAACGCUGCCGUCUUGACAUCCGCCUGGUCCGCAGGAAAUUCCUUCCUGUAUAUGUCUUCGCGGUCACUCUAUUCCUUGGCUAUGUCAGGCAACGCGCCACAUGUGUUCAAGACAUGUAACCGAUGGGGUGUCCCGUACUGGGCUGUUUCGGUUUCGGCAUGCUUCUCGGCAUUGGCUUAUCUUGCCGUUAGCAACUCCAGUUCGAUUGUGUUCAACUGGUUCGUCAACUUCACCAACACUUCUGGUUUCAUCUCAUGGAUCUGCUGUUCCGUGGUGUUUCUCCGUUUCCGCAAAGCUGUCAAAGCACAGGGCAUUGAACAACCGUACAAAUCAAAGAUGCAGCCGUAUGGGGUUUAUUUUGGCCUGGCGGGUGCCACUCUGAUGGCGCUCAUAAAUGGGUUCACAGUGUUCUUCUCAUCGGAAUGGUCUGUGAGCAACUUUUUCACCGCAUACAUUGGUAUUCCUGCUUUCCUGAUUCUUUACUUUGGACACCGGGCACUGUAUUGGAGUGAUCCAUGGGCAUGGCGCCCAGAAGAAGUUGACAUGCACACGGGCUUGGAUGAAAUUAUUGCUGCUGAGCAGCCACCAAAGCCACGGCCUUGGUGGAAGUUUUGGUAA